AUGCGUUUUUUCAGCUCCAAACACAAGCAUCCCAAAAGGGAUCGCACCAUCCCUCCAUCCAAGCCAGCCUUUAACUCCCAGUUGGCCAAAAGGCAGUCCUCCGCGAUCGGCGAGCAAAAGGUACGCCCCCAGGCCUGGGUCGAUACACCUCAGAUUGUGUACUCGGCAUGGAACCAGGCUGCAGGUGAUAUCGACCAGCCGCUCGGAACUCUGCCUUCCAACUUCUCUGUUGCUCUUGUCGGCGGCGGUAUCACAAACGUUGUUCUGGCUUUUAACCUGGUCAAGGCCGGUGCUGAUGUCACGCUGAUCGAAGCCACAGAUGAUGUUGGCGGCCGUCUCCGAACCAUCCAGACCCCUGACGGUGUCAACGUUGCUGAGAUGGGAGCGAUGCGUUUCCCUCCUUCUGAAGACCUUCUCUAUUAUUACGCGAAUGAGUUCAACUACACAUUCAUUCGGAAUUUCCCUGAUCCUGGAAAGGUUCCAACUAUUGUCUUUUACCAAGAAACUCCUACCUCUUGGAUCAGUUCGAACGUCACCGUCCAGGGCUUCGAGACAGUCAGUAACGGUUGGGGCUCGCUGAUCUCCGGGGGCUUGACUGGUGGCUCUCAGUCUCUUACUGCGGCCACGCAACUCACCAAGUGGCUCAGUUCUUCUAACACCGAGACACGCAAUCAAGUUAUCCCAGAAUGGCAGAAGUACCUGGAUGAGUUUGGCAACGACAGUUUCUACACUGCACUCCAUCGCAUCUUCGGAGAGAAGCACGAGUGGGACGUCCCAGGAGGCCAGGUCUGGACUGAAGAUGACUUUGAGCGUUUUGGUACGCUCGGCGUUGGCUCUGGUGGAUUUGGUGCCGUCUACUCUUCUGGCUUCAACUCGAUCUUCCGUCUCAUCGUCAAUGGCCUCGAGUCAGACCAGGCCAUCUUUGCUAAGAUGACUGAUGAUGGCCUCCAAGCGACCGGAAUCCGUGAGUUGGCCAGCGCCAUAUGGCAAAAGGCUACGGACCUCGGCCUCAAGACCAAAUUUGACACUGUUGCCAAGAUCACCAGUGGCGGCGGUGGUGCCUUCGAUUAUGUUGUUAUCCAAGAGACUCCUGCAUUUGAUGACGGCAAUUCCGCAUCUGACCAGGUCGAGUACGAUCUUGCUAUUGUUGGUACAUCAAGCCGAGCCAUGAACUUCGCCUUGGCAGAUGUCUCGGACACCACCAAUGAGCCCAUCAUGUCAUCUGCAGUUAACCGAGGUAUCACUGACCUCCACAUGACUGCCUCCUCCAAACUUUUUAUCCGCACCAAGAAGUUCUGGAGCGAUCAGCCAGCCGACUUUCCUCGCGUCAUUCUGUCUGACACAGACCUUCCCCAGGCUUACACGCUCGAUUACGGACAUCCAGACUAUGGUAUGGUCCUUCUCACCUAUGCUUGGGAGGAUCUUUCGCAGACAAUCUUGGCCAUCCAGGAUCCUCAGAAGUUGCUCUCUAUCCUUAAAGAGCAGAUUACCAGGAUUAUGCGUCAUAGCAGCUAUCCCGACUACGCUGACUUCCUUGACCCCGUCACCGACGAUGACGUGUACCUAGUCCACUGGCCUCUCGAUCAGUACUCUUAUGGCGCUUUCUCCCUCGGUCUUCCAGGACAAGACAAGCUCAUCUCUUCCAUGUUCUAUGACUACCAGAAGCUCAAUGAUACGUCAAGCUCUAGAGUCUUGAUCAAUAGUGACUGUACGUCAUUCCUUGGCGGAUGGGUCGACGGUGGACUGCAGCCAGCACAUAACUCUAUGGCUGCAAUCUUUGAGCGUUUCGGCUCUUUGAAUCCUGUUGCAGCCGACUUUGCCCCUUCUGCGCUUUUGGGGGCCAGCCCUUACCAGUACUGA